GGGGAGGAUCGCGUUGCUGAUGGCGCGUCCCCAGCCUCCAGGAGUUGGACUCUGGUAUAGCAGGUUUGCUCAUGCAACGACUCAUGGCAUGAGGUUCUUGAACGCAUGACAUGUCACAUCACUACAUUGCAUGGCCGAGCACGAUGAGGACGGUUUAGCAUCACUGUAACAUGGCGAAAGUGGUGGACGAACGGACUUGCGCUUUGUUCCGGAGUAACUGGCAGCACACCCUAACGUACUGGAGCGUGUUCUUCAGUUUUGGGCUGUGCAUCGCGUUUCUGGGCCCGACCGUCCUUGACCUGCGGUGCCAGACGCAUUCUACGCUGCAGGGCCUCACGCUGGUUUUCUUCGCGCAACAGUUCUGUCUGCUCAUGGGCAGCUCGGUUGGCGGAUUCUUCAGUAAAUCGCUUGCCUGCUCCUUGUGGUCUCUGGCUGGAUCCACCUUCAUCAUCUCCGCUGUGUUUGCCUUCAUCCCCGUAUGCGCCAAUCUGCCGAUGCUGGCUGUUGCCAUGGCGAUCGCAGGCCUGGCCAUGGGUGUCAUCGACACCAUUUCUAACCUGCAGCUGGUGAAGAUUUACCAGAAGGACUCCACAGUUUUCCUGCAGGCUCUCCAUUUCUUUGUUGGUCUUGGGGCGUUGGUUAGCCCACUCAUCGCUGACCCUUUUUUAUCAGAGAUGGAUUGUGUGUUGGGUAACACCACUAUCAGUUCAUCAACAAAGAGGCACUUGAACAAAGUAGUUGACCUGCACAACAUGUCCCACGUCCAUUUCCAUACAGAAGUUCCAGUCGUCACCAAUGUCUCCUACGCUUUUUGGAUCAUGGCACUCAUCAAUCUGCCUGUGCCCAUCGCGGUGUUUGUCCUCAUAUAUCGGGAGAGGUUGCUGUCAUGCUGGUUUGAGCGCAACCCUCGUCUCCUGGACAGCGACGUGCACAUGUACAGCAUGAAGGGGGAGAGAAGCUCCUGGCAGCAGGACGUGAGCUCGCUGGAGGGUCCUGAACCAAGAGGAUACCUAAACCUGCUGAAUAGCUGUCCCCUCAGCAAGCUGAAAGAACUUCCCUUGUCGUUCUUUGGGUUGCAUCUUCUGGGAGGGCUUGUGCUUUUUUUUUCCGAUGGCAUAGUGGGCUCGUACACAGGCUUCGUUUACACCUACGCCGUGGCUCCGCCCAUGAGUCUGACUCACAAGGUGGCAGGCUACCUGAACAGCGUCUUCUGGGCAUCCAUCACACUGGGGCGCCUGGCCUCCAUAGCCCUGUCUUGCCAUAUUAAACCUGUUCACUUGCUCACUAUCAACCAGGUUGGUGUCAUAGUGAUGCUGUUUCUCCUCCUCAUGUGCUACACCAGCAGUGUGUUCCUGUUUGUGGGCACCUGCUUUCUAGGUUUGUUCAUCAGCAGUGUCUACCCCUGCAUGCUCGCUCUCACAGAAGACAUCCUUGACUACAAAGGGUGUGCCACGGCUGUGCUUGUGACCUGUGCUGGGAUGGGUGAGAUGCUUUUACAGCUAAUCGUGGGCUCGGUCAUCCAUGCCUACGGCAGUUACAGCUUCCUCUUGUCUGGAUUGGUUUUUGGCUGCAUAGGCUUCCUGCUCUUCCUCAUGCUGCUCGUAGUUGAUCACAUAUGCAAACAUGAUGGGGCAGCUGCCCAAAGGACACACCCUGAGGCUGAUGUAGCCGCACACUAAUGGCACUGCAGUAUUGAAUUUAGGCCAAAGGAUACAGAGGGAAGCAAAGGUUUACUGACCUCCGGGAUCCUAGGCUAAGACUCUGCGCCGCGAGAAGAGGACAAGACCGAAAGUAGACACAGGCUCCUCACAACCUGAGCCAUGAAACCUGGUCGACCCUCAGACAAGAGUGUGUGUGUGUGUGUGUGUGUGUGUGUGUGUGUGUGUGUGUGUUUAUAUAUGAAGAUGAAAGGCUGAGGGGCAGUGGAGCUGGACGUAGGCCUGAGCAUGCUGGCCCUUUUACUUCCGGGUCGCCGGUGUUGUCUGCGUGAGAUGAACGUGUUACUGUGACAGUGUGUCUAAGCCUUUACUGAUGUCAUCCUUUCCUUUUUGUCUCUGCACUCUUUUUAUUCUUUUUUUUUGUAUUGGAGUGAUUAUACUGGUUAAGACUUAUGAAAAUCCUUUUUUUUCCCUAAAUGGUGGAUUGUUUGCUGCUGUUUUAUGAAGUUGUAGAUUAUUCAGAUACAGUUUAAAUGUAAACAUGAAUUAUGGCGUAAAGAUCAGGUGUAACUGACUGAAGGAACUGCUUAAAACGGAAGAUUCUGCACCGGCGAUUACUGCAUUUCAAUAUCUGAUGAUGAAUGAAAUGAAAUGAAAAUGAAUGAAAACAUUGUAAAAACUGACAGUCAAUCAGUUAAUUACCAUUACUGCUUGCAAAAUGCAAAAUAACAGCCAAGCAGCUGUAUACAAUAAAGAGAUUAAAAGU